AUGGCCGCCUACUGCGACGAGGUACGUAAGCUCGAGGACAAGUUCGACGGGUUGGAGCUCAGCCACGUCGCAAGGCGCUUCAACGAAGCCGCCGACGAGCUCGCAAAGGCGGCGUCCGGCCGGAUGCCCGUCCCCGACGGCGUCUUCAUUAGCGACCAGCUGGAGCCUUCGAUCCGUUACCCGGAGCCAGCAGGGCCAGGAGAGGUCGGCAAUACGCCACCUAUCCUGGACCCGAACACCAACCCCGAGGUUAUGGAAAUCGAGGCGGGCCCCGCACCAGGGACCGACCCCCCGACCGAUUGGAGAGCCCCGUACCUCGAGUACCUUAUCCACGACGCGCUCCCCACUGACAAGACCGAAGCCCGCAGGAUCACGCGCCGUGCGAAAUCCUUCACCAUCAUCGACCAGGAGCUUUACAAGCGAAGCCACACGGGGAUCCUCCAGUGCUGCAUCCCGAUCGAGCAGGGAAAGGCGCUGAUCCAGGACAUCCACGCCGGGGCUUGCGGUCAUCACGCUGCGCCAAGGACGCUUGUGGGCAAUGCUUUCCGGCAAGGUUUCUACUGGCCAACCGCGGUCGCGGAUGCUACCCAGGUAGUCCGCACUUGCGAAGGAUGCCAAUUCUUUGCCCGUCAAACCCAUCUGCCCGCGCAGGCAUUACAAACCAUCCCCAUCACGUGGCCGUUCGCGGUCUGGGGGCUGGAUCUAUUCACCGGAAAACGAUUCCUCCAGUUCUGCGACGACCACCACAUUCAAGUGGAUUGGGCGGCAGUUGCGCACCCCCGCACGAACGGGCAAGUCGAACGAGCCAACGGCAUGAUACUUCAGGGUCUCAAGCCACGGAUCUUCGACCGCCUUAAAAAGUUCGGCGGACGAUGGGUUGCGGAACUCCCAGCAGUCCUCUGGAGCCUGAGGACGACCGAGCCGAUCAAGAAACCUCACCAAGUUAAAGGAAACGAAACACCAACGACACGGAAAUACAGAAGCAGAAAGAGCCUCACCGUCGGCCUAGGCCUUCAGCUCGCGUUCCCGGUCGGCACUGAGGGACACGGCGGUCUGGAGCCCGUGCACCUGCAAACGGAAUUGGUCGCAUUCCGCGCGAAGGGCUCCAUUCUCCCCCCUCAGCCGCGCCAGUUCCUCGGCGUCUCGGCGGGCCCGCUCGGUAGCAGCGGCUCUUAG